AUGAAGGGUCUGCAGGACUUUGUCAUCCGCGGCGAGGCCUUGAAGCUGCUUCGGAACGCGCUGCGCGCGGCUCGAAACGCGCCGGCGGAGUCGAGAGGUGAGAUCGUGGCUGAGAUCCGGAGGUCGUUCGAGGUGUCCGCGCAUCACACCGAUCGCGUCACGAUCAAGCACCUCCUCUCGGACGGGCGGAUCCGCCUGAAGAUGCUCAAGGAGCUCGUCGGGCUGACCGAGUGAGGAAGGAGAGGAGAAGACGACGUCGCGUCGGUCGGAUCAGAGCAGAGGAACCGAACGUGGGCACCUCCUCCCUUCGUAGAGUUAUUUAGCCCAUCAGACGAACGAUGACGACGCGCGCGAUGGCGGCGUUGACGACGCGCGCGACGCGCCGCCGCGCGACGACGACGACGACGACUUCGUUUUCGUCUUCGCUCUCGCGCGCGUUCAGCGCGUCGAGCGGCGAAGGCGGCGACGAUGACGGCGGCGAAGGCGAAGGCAACGAGCGAUUGCUGCGAUCGCUCGCGACGCUCGGGGGCGCGUACGCGCCAUUCUCGGACUGGCUCCGCGCGCGCGCGCCCGUCGCGCACCCGUCGCUCGUCGCGACGCGCGUCCCCGGCAUGGGCGUCGGCCUCGCGGUCGCCUCCGACCCUCGUGCGGCGCCCGUCAAAGCCGGCGACGUCGUGUUGCGUCUGCCGCGGGACGUU